GGCAAGAGCACGUGGCGCCUGCAAACGUUUCUCAGGCGGGAUGUGAAGGAGCGCCGCCCGGACUAGGACUGCAGCAGCUUUGGGCCGAAGCCGUAGGAGCCUGAGUGGAACCCGACCGCCUCGCCAUGCUGCCCCUCUCUUUGUUGAAGACAGCUCAGAACCAUCCCAUGCUGGUAGAAUUAAAAAAUGGAGAAACUUAUAAUGGAAAUUUAGUGUCAUGUGACAACUGGAUGAAUAUAAACCUAAAAGAUGUCAUCUGCACAUCAAGGGAUGGCGACAAGUUCUGGAGAAUGCCGGAGUGCUAUAUUCGAGGGUCAACUAUUAAGUACCUGCGACUUCCUGAUGAAGUGAUUGAUUUGGUUAAGGAAGAGGUGAUAGCAAGAGGACGUGGUAGAGGUGAAAGUAGAGGUCGUGGUGGUCCAGGAAGAGGGCGUGGAGGUCCUGGCAGAGGUGGUUUUGGAGGCCGUGGGCGUGGUGGGCCACCAGGGGGAGGACGUGGAGGCCCAGGACGUGGAGGCAUGAAGAAAAAAGAAGGAUAUAAAUAGGAUUAUUUCUUGAAAAUAGGCAGAACUCUGAAGAGGUUUUUUCACAAUUUUGUUAAAGAGAUUGAAAAUCUCUUGGGGUGAUAUUGUUCAUAUAUUAUUAUUUUGUACCAUACUUCACUGUUCUACAUCUGUAGGAAAUUAAACUUUAUUUUUGAGAUUUUUAACUAAAUAACAGUAAUGCAGAUUUGUUCUGCAUCAUUAUUGAGAGAAGUUUGAUCCAUAACAAUGGGAUUAUGAUUUUCUUCUGAGGAUGUGAGUUUAGAAAGAGAGAAGCAGUUUGGUAUUGUGAAUAGUCACAGUACAGUUUGAUGUUGCAUGAUGUGUCUUCAGUAUGGAGUGAUUUUGUAUUUGAAUAUUACAUUUGAUAAACAUGAACCAUUACUUUGAUAGUUUUCCAGUAUGAAUAAUGAACAGAACAUAUUUUGAAGAAAAGUUUUCAUCACAUUCACUGUCUGAUAUUUUAGAAAUUGUUAGAUUGCUGGAUUGCUUAAAGGAAAAUAUUAUGAAAUAUUGAACCAGAAAGACUCUCCCAUUUGUUUUUUAUAAUAAAUCAAUUAACAGUA